AUGUAUAUAAGAAUAUUAAAAUGUUUUCUUUUUCUACUCCUUCUAUUUUCUGUUGUAACAGUGUGGUACGUAACUUUUUCUUCUGACACUGUGCUCGAGCGCACCAACAUGAUGUAUUUCUAUGAAUACGAACCGAUUUACAAGCAACGCUACCUCUUCACGCUGCGGGAGCGCUCGAAAUGCGAAGACAUAAAUCCAUUUCUAGUCAUCCUGGUAUCUUCACAUCCUAAGAACGUGAAGUCGCGCCAGGCCAUCCGGAUAACGUGGGGAUUGCAAAACUCCUGGUGGGGACACCGGAUUCUAACUCUUUUCUUACUAGGUCAGGACACUCCAGGAGAAGACACAGCGGCAGCGCUCUCAGUGGAAGAUGAAAGCAUCCUCUAUGGCGAUAUAAUUCGCCAAGAUUUCAUGGACACUUACGACAAUCUCACCUUGAAAACCGUCAUGGCGUUCCGGUGGGUCGCCGAGUUCUGCUCGAGUGCUCGAUUCCUCAUGAAGACCGAUGAUGACGUCUUCAUCAACCCCGCGAACUUGGUGAAGUUUCUUCUGAAGCUGAAUUCCUCAGAAAACAUUUUUACUGGUUACCCUUUUACAGAUAACUUUGCCUACAGAGGCUUUUACACAAAAAGGUACAUUUCUUACGAAGAAUAUCCCUUCAGGUUCUAUCCUCCGUAUUGCAGUGGCAUGGGUUAUAUAUUGGAUGCAAAACUGGCUCUGAGGAUUUAUGAACUGAUGAGUCAUAUCAAACCUAUUAAAUUUGAGGAUGUUUAUGUUGGUAUUUGCUUAAAUAUACUUAAGGUGGACAUCAGUGUUCCAGAAGACAAAGAGCAGUUCUUCCUUUAUAAAAUUAAUUUUGAUAUCUGUAAGUAUAGACAUUUGAUCGCAGUACAUGGCCUCACACCAAGUGAAACAAUCGGGAUUUGGCAGGAGUUGUCAUCAAACACUUCAGUUAUUUGCCUUUGA